UCGAAAGGUGUCGCGGCGAGUGGCAUUCUUAAGAAGUGAUCUUGCCGUGCGAUUACUGAGAUUACGAUAUCUUUUUUUUGUUCUUCCGAUUCCCUGAAUUCAAGCCUAAAAUUGAACAGUUUCUAAGCUCCAUGAACCCAAGAAAAAUAGAUCAGAUACUCAGUCAGACAUCUUCGUAAAAGUCUGUCUCAGAUAAGUUUAUCUAGUGUUGAUCUUGAAAAUAGCGCAACGGCGCUCAGUGUGGGUGACUGACGGAGGCAAUCCGCGAAACGAGCAGGUAAUUACGAGUCACAGCAUCAUCGUAGAUGUGGGAAGUACCUGCUGAUUCGACGAUGGUGCAUCACCAGUCGCGAGAUAAACCUCACCUUUUGUACUAUUGUCGCAUUUUCCGAUCUCUGUCGAGACUUCUUGUAUCUUAAAUGUCUCUUGAGUAAUUUGAAUGUAAUUCCUCGCUGUAAUCCGGAUUAGAGGCCCCAUGGGUUCCCGUGGUUCGAUUACCUUGUACCACGCGCGUCUUCUGAUCUCUUUCGAUUUUCUGAUGGAAACAAUUUAGCAAUCUUUCUGGCAAUGGAUCCAUUUUUGAUCAGUGAGGCCUGAUUUCUCAAAGGUGGCUUUAUUGCUAAUUUCCGCAUAUGCGCGGUCUUAUGUAGGUACGUCUGACCAUAUGUCACGAUCUCCAUCAGAAAGAUCCAAUUUUUUCUUUAUCUUGGGAACGCGUUGCCGUCAUACCGGGGGAAUACAUAUAUGGGUCGCGAUCGCGAAUGUGACUGGCUCUACACACGUUCUACCGCACAAUUGGAUUUCCUACAAAAAACAGUCACAACCGUGAUCGUGAUCGUGUAACUCAAUAUAUAGCGCAGAAAAACGCGUGAAACAGCCGCAUCAGGCAACAGUACGUGCCGAUAAUUGUGAUGUAAACGCAUUACUUGCACUUUCCCAUUUUCACGGAAUCCGGCUGGGUAGCUAUCAUCCCAUUUGUGCGGUGCAAGUGCUAAUCUCUCGGUUAUCAACGUCGCGUGUGUUUACCUCCGAAACAUUUAAUAAGCAAGAAAGAAAUAAUUGAUAACGAUAAUUAUAAAUAAAUCAUGUUAUGGCGCCACCGAAUUCGUUUUCAUUCCAAUUCGAAAAUAUUGAGAUACGACCAGGAUCUGGUCGCUGUUUUUCCAGCUAAUUAAUAUCGGGGAAAUGCUGAUCGUUGAAAAUCUUAUCAGUUGAUCCAGUGUUGCUUCAUAGACUCAUUCUGACUUGGCUCACAUAUGUGACAAAUAGACAAACACAACCCCUACCGCAAACUCGGUCUGGCUAGUUGAGUGUGUUUUCAUUGAGAGUGAUAAGAGCGAAAUUUAUUGUUGUCAAAGAUAUUGAACGAGAUCAUUGCAGUUACGAGUUUUUAUUUCAGAGAAUUGAACCACAUAUCCUGCGCUAAGUUUGCCAAGUCACUCCUGUUAUCAACGAGUUCUUCUCGGGGCUGAAAAACGAAAAGACGCCCUCCCGCAUCUUCAAGAUCUUUGAAGCGUAUGUGCAAGGAGCUUAGGAGAAAAGCCAACAUUUCCGUCCCACCAGAAUCAUCUGUAGUAAUGUAUCUCUACUCAGUGUAGCUUGAUUUGAGAAAAAACUGCGCAGCCUUGACCAGAUUUCCAGAUGGCAGUCAAUCGGACGAUCUUGAAAUGUUCUCGGUAAACAAGAAAAUCGCCAAGCUAAUCGACAAUGGGUGAAGAAAGCAGCGAAGACAGUGCUUUAUAAACUUCCGCACGGUUAACGCGUUCAUGAGUUAUAGUGAUCGUGUGAAAAAGGGAUAAUCGUCCGAUACGAAUUCCGAUUUUUUUGGUAACUCCGUGAACUCGGAGACAGUUGAAAAGUUGUUUUUCCAACCAUUUGAUUUAUUGCCUGGCGGUAUCCCGCGUGUUAUCGCAAAACGUGAUCGUUAUUUUGAAAAAAAAGUGCAAAAUCUUUUUAGUGAUAAAGUGUUGUAAAUUAUUUUUUAAAUUUAUACGAAAAGUGAUAGAUGCAAUUAGGUGUUAGUGUUACUUAAGCCGAGAUGGCCGUUUCAAAAAGAGUUUGCCGGUUUGCGAUUUGCUUGUGGGUUUGCUGCAGUUGUUGGGCACUAGGAGAUUUGCCACCCAGAGGCAAAUAUACCCACAAUAUAAGCACUGGUCAUUUAGUCAUUCCUCGAAAAGUAGAUCAUAAGGGACAACAUAUAUCACAUAAUCUAACCCAUCAUCAUGAUAUCCAUGGCAAAGACUUACAUUAUCACAUCGAAGUUGGUAAUGAGACGUUACAUUUGGAAUUGGAGCCUCAUAAUUACUUCAUGGCCCCUGGACUCAUAGUCGAAAGGCACAAAAGAGAAAUCCGCACCCGAAAAAGACCGUCUCGUCAUGUGAAUUGCCACUACCAUGGAAAAGUUCGUGGUCAAGAAGGAUCAAGGGUGGCUCUUUCAGCAUGUAAUGGCAUUGCAGCUCAUCUCCGAACACACAAUGGAGACUACUUUGUUGAGCCUUCUAAGCACCAUGAAUACUCAGAAGGGGAUGGCCAUCCACACGUAGUAUUUCACAGAUCUGCCGUUCAAACCAAAAAAAAACGCAAAGGUCGCCACAAAAAGAGGCAACAGCACAUAAGUAAUUGCGGCACUAAGGAGCCCCGGCGUCGCACCGAAACGAAAAUUGAAUGGCAGCCCCAAGGCAAAGUAUUUAUUCAGCGUGGUCGGAAAAUUCGACGACAUCAAAACGCUCAGACCCAUAACAAUCACAUGAAUCACCAUAAAGAUGGUGGUGCGUCUGCAAAUUCGCGUCAACAGCACCGUCGACGCACAAAACGUUCAAUUAGCAGCCCACGCCAUGUUGAAGCAUUGAUAGUCGUUGAUAGUUCCAUGGUUGCAUUUCACGAUGACGCCGAACAAUAUAUGCUGACAAUUAUGAAUAUGGUAUCCUCCCUGUAUAAAGAUCCCAGUAUUGGUAAUUCCAUCCAAAUCGUUAUCGUUAGGAUUAUUCUAAUCGAGGAUGAGGAGGCGCACCCUGAUCUCAAUUUAACAGAGAACGCCCAACGAAAUUUACAAAUGUUUUGCUCUUGGCAGCAUAAACUGAACCGCGAUAGCGAGAAUGAUCCACAACACCACGAUGUCGGCAUAUUGGUGACUAGGAGGAAUAUUUGCGGAAAUGACUGCUUGACCUUAGGACUUGCUAACGUCGGUGGAAUGUGUAAGCCCAGGAAAUCCUGCAGUGUUAACGAGGAUAAUGGAAUAAUGUUAUCACAUACGAUUGCUCACGAAUUAGGACACAACUUCGGAAUGUACCACGACACAGCGAAAAUCGGAUGCCAUGGACGCGAAGGACCAAUUGUGCACAUCAUGACCCCAACUUUCGGAGCUGACACGGUACAGGUUGCCUGGUCCAACUGCAGCCGGAAAUAUAUUACGCAUUUCCUUGAUCAAGGGCUCGGACGUUGCCUCGAUAAUGCUCCUACCCAACAUGUGCCAUUUGAAUAUGCCGACUUGCCACCAGGAGCCUUGUACAAAGCAGAACGCCAAUGUCAACUUCAAUUCAAUUUGACGGAGGAAGAGGUCACAGUUUGCUCAUCUCAGCAUGAAAUCUGUUCGCAACUAUGGUGUCAAGUGAACGAUGAGUGUGUUACGAAUAUGCGGCCCACAGCACCUGGUACAAAUUGUGGAAAACACAAGUGGUGCCAAAACGGAAAAUGUGUGCCUAUCGAAGAAAAAACCCCUGUUAAUGGUGGCUGGGGUAAUUGGAGUGACUGGAGUACUUGUUCACGAUCAUGUGGUGGAGGAAUUUCGAUGCAAUUACGGGAGUGCAACAAUCCAUCUCCCGCCAACGGAGGUACGUUUUGUAUAGGUGAAAGGAAAAGAUACGUUGUUUGCAAUACAGAGCCAUGUCCUGACGGUGAACCAAGCUUCCGCGCCGAACAAUGCAGUCACUUCAACAAUGAAACCUAUGAUGGACAGAAAUAUAAGUGGCUCCCAUAUUUCGAUAGAUAUAAUCCCUGCAAACUAUACUGCACGGACGAAGAAGACCAGGUGAUUGCCAACUGGGCGGAUAUAGUUGCAGAUGGCACUCCUUGUAAAAUUGGCACCAAAAAUAUGUGUAUCGAUGGAAUAUGCAGGAAGGUAGGCUGCGAUUGGAUUGUGGACUCAAAAAAAGAGGAAGAUCGCUGCGGUAUUUGUGAAGGAAACGAUGAAAAUUGCGAGAUUAUAAAGGUAUGUCUAGAAUAUAAUCCUCAACUUUCCUUUGAGCCUGUGCAUUUUCAGGAAGAAUACAAAACCGAUUUCGACAUAAUUGAUGGAUAUGUUGAGAUCGCAACUAUUCCCAAAGGAGCUCGUCACAUACUCAUUGAGGAAAUGACAAAUUCAGAGAAUUUUCUCAGCAUUGGGAAAACUAAUACAAGCGAAUUUUACUUAAAUGGAGAAAGACUGAUUUCUAUGCCGGGAGAAUUUAUCAUAGCUGACGCCGAAAGCCUAUACGACAAGGAGGAAAACCAAGAGUUGAUUAAGAUUCCAGGACCAAUUAUGCAUACAAUUUCAAUAUUCGUGAUUGUACGAGGUUCUGCCCAGAAUAACGGUAUUCGCUAUGAGUUUAUUCCUCCAGCAAAAAAUUCGACUUCUGUGAGAACGUACGAAUGGAAGUUGGGUGAUUGGACUGCUUGCUCAGCAACCUGCGGGGGAGGAGUUCAGUAUCGCAUGCCAUUAUGCUUCAAUAAUGGAAAAUUAUCCUCCGACGAAGAUGAAUGUUGGUCCAACGCCGAAAACGAGCGGCCCAAACAAAUAGUCCGUGAAUGUAACUUGGAUCCUUGUCCAGCUCAUUGGUGGAUAGGACCUUGGCAACUUUGUCCAGUCACAUGUAAAAAGAAAGGUGCACCGGAUCCAGUCAAAAGACGUUCCAUUAUAUGUUUGGAUCAAAACGAAAUAGUCUUGCCAGACAGUCGUUGUGAAGUAGAAAAGAAACCCAUCGAUACCGAAAAAUGCGGUGCAAAUAUUCCUCUGUGUGAAACAGAUGAUGAAGAUAUUGACCUGAAUAGUGAGGGCGACAUUGUUGAGGAAGUAGAUAUGACUAAUGCCAUUGCUAGUAGCAAGCAAUCAAAUUUCGAAUUUGACAAUAUGUUUUGAUUUGGCAUUACCUAUGACUCCUUCCCCAACAAUGUAGAAACAAAUGUGGCUGCUAUUACAGGGGAAGCUACUAUUCCAUUACUGAUAGUGACAAACUUAAUUUAUUACUAUUUCUUAGAGUGUAUUUGUAUUGAAUUUAAAUAUUUUUUUAAUUAUAAAUUGAAUGUAUUUAUUCUGCUUUGAUCGCCCAGUAAUGCAAUAAUAGAUUUAGGAAACCAGAUAGUCCUUAAAUUCGCCCUUCACUAACAUCAUGACCUCAUGUGUUAUAUUAACAUCCGUAGUAUUCAGUCGUCUGCUUCCGGUAAAUUCUAUUUAUACAAAUAUUAAAGAAAUUUGUGCGAUAUUUUCUACUUUUAUGUACUUAUGCAUUUUCAGUUAUAAUUUAAAUGUAUUUUUUACCUUUUAACUGAAUAAAAUAAAAAGCUUUAUUAU